CCCUCUUUUCUUCCCUCUGCUCUACCAGCUCCAUACAUACUGUCUACUAAGUCUUUCAACACUCCCUUCAUCGACCUCUACGCGCCGACGCGACAUGCGCCAUUGUCCAUCGGUUGAUGAUUUCUUAGAGGAGAGCGAGUAUGCGGAGUCUGUAGACGACGGGAUGGGAUUAGAUACGGAUCUGACGGACGUCGACACGAUGACAAGCAAUCUUAAGACAUUCGACGCUGUGUUGCAUCCUACUCUAGACAACUCAUGGACGCCCACGCAAGACUACGAAGAGCUAGACGUGGGGGCUCAAUGCGUCACCUUCGUCGGCCGCAUUGUCAAUCUUUACAAUCAGCUUACCCCAAGUAAAGCGCCAAAGGCCGCGAAAGGGUGCAUCAAGCUCAUUGUGGCGGAUGACGCCGGCGCAUUAACUCAUUUCCACGAGCUCCGGAAUCUACUUCCACCCUUCCGCAAACUUCUGGCCCGUUUAUCGAAAUCGAGUGAAGAAGGCACGGACUCAUUCCUCACCGUACUCGGCCAGCUCAACCUAGUCGAUCCCACACGUGUGAAGUUCCUCGUCGCUACGGCAGCCGAUGGGAACAUGGAUGAGAUACUGUCACCACCAUCUCAUCUGCGCCGGAUAUGGAAACCCUGUGCGAGAGAACGCCUGGCGCCCGAAGAUGGCACCCUCCCUGGAGAAUUUACUGCUUACCUCUGGCGGACCACCUUACGUGUGAAGGAAGUCUGCAUGCCGCCAAUUUCGGAAGCAGAAGUGCAACUCGUUUUCGGAUCUGACGCGACAUUGGUGUCUCAUGCCAACCGACGGGUGCCGUACGAUUGUGGAGCAAACAAAUAUCGGCUAGUGGAGGAGAAUCCUAUCGUGUCAUCAUGCACAUCUCAUGUCGUUGGAGGCGCAGAGGAAAAGUUACCAGAGGUGCAGUUCGCUAUUGCAGCUCUCCUUCUCAACGGCUCGUAUCAUUCGCUGAUCGAAGUUAUGGCGGUCUUUGCCCCGCUUGUAGGGUGCGCCGAACUGGGCAGCCUUGAGGAGAUGAUUGAUCAGCUGGUGCCGCGAGAACUAGAGAUGAUUUUGAUGGGAAACUUGUAUAUUGUCAGGCCUAAUAGGUUCCGCGACGAGCUUGCGGCGCGCAUAGGAGCCUUGGCCACAUGAAGGCGUUGAUAGACUGAAAUAUGGGCCCGACGCGUCUACCCGCACCCUGAACUUGGGCCUUAUCGGGUCCGAAGCGGUAGUAGUCCUCCCCAAGUAGUAACAGAUGUUAUCCACAUUUCUC